AAGACAUUCAACAGGUAUACUAGAGGGGCUUAGGCCAUCUGCCAGUCAAUGGCCAAUCACAAACUACUACUAAUCAAUAAACGUGAUACAACUCAGAUAUUUAUUGAUUGACCAGUAGUUGAUAUACAGAUUUCUCCAGCCAUUUAAAUGUCUGUGGAUCGCUUUUAAGGACGUACUCCGUCAGUGGCGUCGCUUGAACGUCCAGACUAGGGGGGUAUGGAGGGUCAUCAAUAGACAAAUUUACCGACAAAGACAUAGAUGGAGAUGAAUUUAGGUGCAAUUUCGCCUACUGAGAGAAAAUUUUACCGACAAACUAAGGAUUUUUUAGACAGACCGAUGAAUUCGUGAAGCAGUGGGGGAGGGGGUGUUACUACCCCUAUAAAUCCAAAUCCCCAUCUGGCCACCGAUUUCUCCAACAAAUCGUUCAGCAGUGUACAUCGGCAUUUCAGUUACUUUUUUUAUUGUAUUUCUCCAAAGAAUACAUUAACGGCGAUAAGAUUAUUCCGAAUAUAAUCCUCUUUCUGCUCACUUCCAUUGAUUGAACGAAGACGGCCAAUCAUUUCUUCCUACUGAUCUAUAUAUUCUGUGGAUGGCCAUUUCGAGUGCGAAGAAUAAUUGCGAAAUUUUGUUUCAUUGCAAGGCAGGCCACAGUUGCAAGGAGGCAAACAAUGUUUUUUAUUUGCAAACAAUGUCAAAGAUCUUUUAUUACGCGGUCUGUGCAUUAACAGUUGUUUUGAUGUACCAGUAAUGGUACCAGUUUUGAUGUUUCCUUUGUGCCAAGACGAAACCAUUGCAAAUGGUAAACAAAUUCAAAUUUUUGUUGUUUGUGAAAUCUUAGCGAAACAGCCGCCACUUUACGUUGCAAAAACAAAUAGCGCGUUAACUAGUCAUAGACAAAAGAACGUCAAACGGUUUCAAAAAGCUUAACACUUGAUCUUCUUUCAAAAUCACUGGUGAAGUUGAGAGUCUGCCAUUGAAAAAUAUUUACAUGGAUACCGAGAUUGUGGCAAAAAUUAUAAUGGCAACCUGUUUUGGAUAAUUAGUAGAGCCGGUAGUCAUUGCUCCGGCUGCUUUAGAAUCCAGUUACGUACAACUGAAAAGCUGCCGUUGUGUAGACAGUUUUCACUCUCGAACCAUUUGUGAUAUUCUCUACAGGCAAACGGCAUUGAUUGGGCAACCUCAACAGUCACGUGCUCGCGUUUCUGAUUUGCCUAUUUCGAUCCACAACUUCGUAUAUAUAUUUUCUAGCGUAGAGUUUUUUAUCUAUGUUCUGAAAUAUUAUACUGUGAAGAGUGUCACACGAAGAGCUUUAAUAAAAUGAAAUACGAAAAGCUUUCAUAUAAAGCCUCUGAUUUCUAGGCGAAUAAAUCACAAGGCAUGGUCAGCUUUAGAGGGAGGGCCAAGACAUUGCUCGAUAUACAUAGCUUCUCAGUGCCCUAAAAAUACCUUUGGAAGCUAGGUAGUAACAUGUUACAAAUACAUCAUGGAUAUAGCGCCAACUUUGGUAGAGCAAGGGCUAAUAGCAAUUCCUAUAGCACCCCAGUUUACAUUUACCUGAAGGUUGAGAAGAAAAAGGGGCACCUUCAAUGAAGACAUGUUUUGCGAUACAUUGCUUCGUAAUCGGAAACAGUUGAUGAAAAACUUUUUAGAACCCUUGUAUCGUUGCGGUAUCGAUAUGAAUGAACACAACCUGUGUACCUGCAAUGCAUUCAGAACUGAUUGCUAAUUAAUAUCAAUAGGUAAACGACAAAUGGGUAGUGGAAGAAGAGACACUUGAUUGAAUCUCAAACAGAAGUUAUAAAAAAAGUUCCAGGUUCUUCACAAUUUUAAAGAUGGAUCAAAGAACAGAAAUUGAUUUAAAAAAAUCAGCAGCGAGUGUGACCAUGCAUGGAUUCGGAAGAUUGUUUUCGACCAAAUCAAAGGCAAUGAGAUGCAUCUGGCUGAAGAUCAAGAAGAUCAAGUGUUAAGCUUUUUGAAACCGUUUGACAUUCUUUUGUCUAUGGCUAGUUAACGCGCUAUUUGUUUUUGCAACGUAAAGUGGCGGCUGUUUCGCUAAUAUUUCAAUCAACAAAAAUUUGAAAUUGUUUAGCAUUUGAAUUGGUUUUUUUCUGCACAAAGGAAACGUCAAAACUGGUACCGUUACUUGUACAUCAAAACAACUUUUAAUAGGGGUUAAAGAUACAUACUUCUGUAUCAAUAAAUUCCUUUGCAUCAUUAAAAAUUCGGCUUGGAUAUAAAGGGAAUAAAUUAAUCAAAUAUUCAAGCAUUGUAGCGCCUUUCUAUAAAAGUUUAAUUUUUCUUUUUUGUGAAAGAGCGAAGAAGCCAAUCAGGAAACUCUUGCACCAUUGACCAAACCAAUCAGAUCAUCUACAUAAAAUCAACAUUCGUGUUUAUAUGUAGAUGAUAUCGUUGAAUUAAAUGCAGAUGUAUUAAGGCAGGUUAAAAGCAUGUUGUUUGUUAGAAGCGCGAACUCGUAGUUGGAAAAAUUAGCUUAAUUUCGAAAACGUCUUGUUAUAAAAGUGUAAGUCAUGGAGCUCAAGGAUUCGGCUGCGAAUAUGUCAAUGCAUGGGUUUGGAAGGAUAUUCAUUAGCAAAUCGAAGCGAAUACAAUUCGUCUGGUUGGUGAUCAUGAUCUGUAACUUGGUCAUUUUCAAUAUUUGUUUUAUUUCACUGUUGAGAUACUAUCUAAGUAACCCAUCAAUGACAAAAAGUGAAACGGUUAUCACUUCUAAAAUUCGUUUUCCCAGUGUUACGGUUUGUGGGCCUAGCGUCAGCAAACACAAACUGGAACGAUUUGCAGAAGAAUCCAAUAAAACUAUCCAGGUAGAUUUUGACGUCAACAAGAAGUUCCCACACCCCUUUUUCCGCAGUGAAGAAAUAUUACAGAAUUUAUCAACGGUUGAAAACUAUUGGAGAAUUAUACCUGACAUGGAGAGUCUUUUCAUGACGAAUACCUCAGGAUUUUGCACAUUUGCCACUCUAGAGAAAUGCAAUUUCACAAGUGACAUCGGAAGAGUACUAGUAUUUUACAAAGGUGUUUGCAAUAAAGUGAACAUGAACGGAAAAUAUUUUCAGAAAAAACCUGGUUCCUUACAUGGGCUUUCAUUCAUAUUGUUUGUUAAUAUAUCUGACGUUGUUCCAUGGGCAUUGUCAAGCGAAGGCGACUCGGUGUACGUUGAUAUAAAGGAGUUUGACGAGCCUGUAUUUCAUGGUUCAGGUUCUAUACUUGCAUCAGUAGGACAAUUAACACGAAUCGAAAUUAGCAAAACCGUGGUAACCCGGCUUAAAAGUCCCUUCCAUUCGAAUUGCACAAAUGGGGAAAAUAAACCACUGCUGUUUGAGGGAACAUACACAAUUGAAAAUUGUCAUAUUACAUGUGCACUGAACAUGGCACACAAACAAUGUAAAAGCAUUGACUUUCACAAUAAUAUGUUCUUGCCGGAACAUAUGAGAAAAAAUUCAACUAAUAUAAGUGAAGCAGUUGCCUGCAGCACUAGCAUCUACAAUUAUCUGAUUGACACAAACUUUGAAUCAUGUCACUGCCAGUUACCAUGCAUGGAAACAAAGUUCCACAAGACUGUUUCAACCGCAAAAUGGCCGCCUAAAAACGAUCUCCCAGCGUACAAAGCAUUAGCAAGUGCAGCCUUUGGACUUAACAAAAGCGAAGUGACAGAUGAAUUUAUCAGAAAUAACUUCCUUAAGAUCGAUGUAUAUUUUGGUGAAUUGAGCUUCCAAAAGAUCACCGAAGUUGAAGAAUUUACAACCGUGAAGCUCAUAUCUGAUAUUGGUGGACAGAUGGGAAUUUGGGUAGGUGCGUCUGUUUUUUCGGUGGUGGAGCUUCUUUUCUUGCUAUGGCAGUCAAUCAAGUAUUUUGUAAAUAGAAAUAACAUAACCGAGGAACAUCCAGAUAACUAAAGCAUAUCAAAAUCGUGUCUAGCGGUAUCUUAAAGGCAAUCUGUCACGACGUUGAUUGAUCAUAAGAACAAAGGGAUUUUUUAUUUUUUCCAGUCCCCCUUUAAUUUAUCGCAUUGUGAAAAAUAUGGCGGAGCGCUGGAAUUGUGUUUAGGCUAUUGUUCCAGCUAUUGUUCUCGUUAACCAAUCCACAACGAGAAAGAUUGCCUUUAAGAAUCAUGGAAUCGCAGCCUUGGAGAGCGCCGUUGUGUUAAAGCAACAUUGGAAAAUUACAAACAAUAACAUGACAACUUUUACAAAGUUAAGAAAGGGUAUGCAAAUGCAUCUAAAUGACAGAUGUGUAAAUAGAUUCGUCAUGUAAUGGCAGAAAAGGAUGGACUAUUGUGGUAGAAUUUCGAGUAUCCCUGAUAUUUUCCAUAAUGUGAUAAUAUUCUGACGUUGGAAUUUACUUAAUCUUGACAUUAAUUUGUACAUGUUUUUUUUAAAGUUAGCGUCUCGUGGAAGGGCCGUUUGUUAUGUUAUUUUAUGUUGUUAAUAAUUCGUCGCGUUUUUCCAUCGGUUCUAAGGAGACAUCCGUAAAUAUUAACAAUUAUAUCUGAAGCAUAAAUGCUGCAACCGUAUAUAUUGACAAAAGCACUAAUUACAAAUUAAUACAAAACUAAAUAACGAAAUCAUCAUGGAAGGUCAUCAAGCGAAAAACUUACCGGCGAAGACAGAUGAAGAAAGUUUAGGGGCUAAUUGACUUCCCGACAAACAAUUUUGCAGCAAACUAAGGAUUUUGUGGAAGAUUUUCCGACCAACUCAUGAAGAAUCAGGGGUGUCACAUCCUCCUAUACAAGGAUUUGUGUUUGUUUUUAGUGGAUAAUGUUAGGGAAAGGCCCCGCACACUAUAACAAAGCCCUAAGCAAGUAAAAGAGGGAAAGAGGAAGGUAUUAAGAAGAAAAGGGGGUACCAUCAAGUUUGCUGUUUUUAUCUUUUACUAAAAAUAUGCUGUACUUUUAGAGUUUUUCACCUUAAUAUUCUUGAGAAGUAGACAAACUUUAAUAAUUGCAAAGUUCCGAUCUGAGUAUUGUUGUUGUCAAUUAUUCGUUAGCGAAUGUAACCUUCCAUUUGAACUAUAUCUUCAACUAAACCCAAUGUCCAAACAUUUUUAUUAGUAAAACUUUUCACUGCAGAAUAAAACUGUCUGUAACUGCAACCAUUUUCAGUUGCCCAAUAACGAAUAGUUAAAAACAAUCCCUCUUGACUGCCUUAUGUAGAGAAACAAGAGGUAAAAAAGCCAACAUACCUGAUCCUGAAGGAAUUUGUCAUCCGCUUUUCAAGUGCGCAUAUUGAAGCAAACUGCAAUAUAAAUUUCGCUUUU